AAUGUUGGGGCUGGCAAGUCAGACCGAGAAAGCACCACAAGAACCGUCGCAAACUGACUGACUGACGCGCACGAGACGAGAGCAUGAGGAACAGCAGUCAGUGUGAACGCGAAGCAGCUCAGAGGGCGAUGAGCCCAGCACACAACUCCAUCCUGAUGUUCGCGAUCCUCUUCAUCUCCUUCAUACCCAUCACCACAAGUGCUCCAGUGCUCUUGAAUCCAUCUUCAAUAGAGCAUGAGCAGUUACUAACCCAGAUAACUGAUCUUUGCUCGUUCUACCUCUCCGCAGACCCAUCCUUUAGAACAUCUGAUGUCCUGGAGGACCUGUGUUUCCUAAUGCUGGGAUCACUGCAAAAAUCGAAGGACAUCACAGCCCGAGAGACCAGCAAAAGGUUCUUAUUUCAUUACACUAAACCGAAUGGUGCAGGAUUUACAGAUGAGACGUCUACUGUGUUGCACCCUCUUCUGGAGCUCAUACCCCAGCUUGCCAGAAGAAGAAGCAGGAGAAUGAAAUUAAAUGAUGAUCUCCAAGGGCCUGGACGGAUCCAGAGCAGAGGAUACUUCCUUUAUCGGCCACGAAAUGGAAGAAGAGCUGCUGAGUAUGUGUAAAACAAUAAAGAAUGGAAAAAUCAGUAUCAGUAGCACCAGACCCUUUGCCACAGAUGUGAUGAUCCUGAGCCAGUCAACCUGAUAUCCACAUAACUCGUUCCAGAAAACACCCUCCUGUUAAAUUAUGAUGUUGAAUGUACAGAAUCCAAAUAAAGUAGGCCUAUUUUAUCUGUCCUGAUGUCCUGUUUGUGUAACUGUGCUGUGCCUUUUGAAUUAAAAGCAUUAUAAAAUGUUU